ACUACAAAGCAGUGAAACCCAAUCCAUUAAUUCAUAGAAUCAAAAUUUAUAAGUUACAGGGACGGAAGGUAUGAUCUGAUUUGGAAUCCUGCAACAUUCAAAGCUUAUAUUCUUUCCUAUAAUCAUUCAAUGCCUCUGUCCCCUUCUCUAAUCAAGGCAAUGUCGGAUAUUGCGCUUUUGUUCAGAAUCGAAUCCUCCGUUUCUAUUUUUGUUUAAUCUUUCUUUCCUGUACAACUUGAUUUUACCACCAAAAUACCAAAAACAUGUUCUUCUGAUCUGGGUUUUAAUCUAAAGAGAUUUGAUUUGUUCGGCUGGUCAACGUAAACAUUCAAGUGGUUCUUCGUGGGUUUUGAUUCAAUCUGGAAAGGCUGCGGAGUAGCUUUCCCAGAGCAAUUCUGCAAUUGGGUUAUCGAGCAAUUUGAAACAAGAAGUUUGUAAUGGCAGCUCUUGGUGUUAGUAUUCCGGCUUUCCAUGCGGGCAUUUGCAGGCCUCCAAGGAAUCCCUUUGGGACCCAGAAAUGUUUUUUCUCUGUACCAGCAGUUCAAAUCAAGCAAAAAGGUUUAACGGCAGCUGUGAAGAGUGAGCCAGGUGUUUUGCUCAGUCCCACAGAUUCAAUAGCAUCCUUCAAGGAGUUGAUUGAAUCUCUGAUAAGUAAGGUAGAUUUAUCUGAAGAUGAGGCUGAGGCUUCUCUUGAGUUUCUGUUGAAUGACACUAAUGAAGCAUUGAUCAGUGCUUUUCUUGUUCUCUUGAGAGCCAAGGGGGAAACGUUUGAAGAAAUUGUUGGAUUGGCGAGGGCAAUGAUCAAACACUGUCUGAAGGUUCCAAAUAUGGGUGAUGCUGUUGACAUUGUUGGAACUGGUGGAGAUGGGGCAAAUACAGUUAACAUCUCAACUGGGGCUUCUAUUCUUGCAGCAGCUUCUGGUGCAAGAGUUGCAAAGCAAGGAAACCGUUCCAGUUCUUCUGCUUGUGGAAGUGCUGAUGUGUUGGAAGCAUUGGGAGUUGUCAUUGACUUGGAGCCCCAGGGGGUAGAGAGAUGUGUGAAGGAAGCAGGCAUCGGUUUCAUGAUGGCUCCAAGGUACCAUCCAGCAAUGAAAAUUGUUGGUCCUGUGAGGAAGAAGCUUCAAGUGAAAACUGUGUUCAAUAUCUUGGGUCCUAUGUUGAAUCCGGCACGGGUACCUUUUGCAGUUGUUGGUGUUUACAAGGAAGAUUUGGUCACAAAAAUGGCUAAAGCACUACAAAGAUUUGGCAUGAAGAGAGCACUAGUUGUCCAUUCAGAGGGUUUAGAUGAAAUGAGUCCCCUUGGAGGUGGCCUGGUCCUUGAUGUUACUCCUGGAAAGAUUGAGAGGUUUUCUUUUGAUCCAUUGGAUUUUGGAAUACAACGGUGUACACUGGAAAGCUUACGAGGUGGUGGUCCAGAGUAUAAUGCAGAGGUACUGAGGCAUGUUCUUUCCGGGGAAAGAGGACCCAUUGCAGAUGCAUUUAUACUAAAUGCUGCAGCAGCUCUCUUAGUGAGUGGGCAUGUGAGCAACCUGAGUGAAGGAGUAACCCUGGCCAGAGAAACGCAUCACACAGGGAAAGCUUUCCAGACACUUGAGUCUUGGAUACAUAUCUCCAAGGAUGAGAGACAGAAAGGGAGAGAAGCUUCUGGCAUGGUCGGUUCAGUCUUGACAGGAUGACAACGCGAUGGUGUUAAAGCUGGGGAAUCAUGUGGAAGACCAUAGCAGUUAAUGCAGGGGGGUGGGGAGGAUGGCAGAAAUCUAUAUAAUCCUGUACAAGCUACCAAACAGAUUAAGAAAAAUUAAGCUCUGGAGAGAUUAUCUCUAGGAGAACCGCAGCUAAAGUCUGCCACUAUCGCCAUUAAAUAAACCAAUGUAACUUAUUGACAUUGACUUUUCUUGGGAUUAUCAAAGUAUUUCUGAUUUGUAAA